UCAAACCCGGGUUGGCUGUGUGCAAGGCAAACACCCUCCCCACUGUAGUAUCACUCUGCCCUGAGACAUGCUUGUGGCUUUCUCUCUACCAUGACCUGCGGCCCCCUGCCCCUUGGGAGUGACCAAAAGCUUAUCCAGUGGGAGGCGCCUUGCAUUCAGCCCCAGAGGAUGGCUGAGCCAGACGGGAGUCCCAGGCUUCCCACGCUUUCUUUUCUUUUCCAUUGUGGCCCGGCUCUGUGUUUCCUGGUUCCUGGGCAGGGGUGGGCCAGGCCAUGGGGAUCACAGGCAUGGGAUGUGGCCACACUCCCCUCACGGGGCAGCCGAGGGGCUGGCAGUGCAGAUGCGGUUCCCCUAUGCAGGGCUCAGAGGUCGCCCCCUUCCUCCCCAGGGUCACAUUUGUGCCCUUUGCCCAAGACUGGCCCCAGCGCCUGACGGUCCGGGUCUCUGCCUAACAGCCGCCGCCGUGCCCUGCCAUGGAGACCUUCUUUAGGAGACAUUUCCAGCAGAAAGCACGGGGCCCUGGGGAAGGCCAGCGGCGGCCCAGUGGCGUGGGGCUGCCCACUGGCAAGGCCCGGCGCCGAUCCCCAGCCGGCCAGGCCUCCUCGACCCUGAUGCAGCGGCGCCGCUCCAGUGCCCAGUUACAGGGCUGCUUCCUGGGCUGCGGGCUAGUGCCCCAGGACAGCCGCCGGCGCUCCAGCACUGCACCCCCUGCCCGCAACCCCCGAUUUGCCGUGGAGGUGCCCACCACACUGCCUCUGCCCAGAGGGGCCGGGCUCGGGGACAUGGAGGAGAAGGAAGAGGACAGGACCCCGGGGGCCCUGCAGAGCGCCCAGCCACUACUGCCCGUGCCCCGAUGGCAGCGCCGCCGCCGCGUCUCCCACCUGCUCCCUGCCGACUCUGUGUCGGACCCUACCCAAUGGGGCCUGCACGGCUACUAUCGGCGCCUUAGCCAGCAGCGGUCCUCUGGCCAGUACCUCGGCCUCCCAGGCCGAAGAGCCUCGGGCACCACCGCGGGCACCCUGAUACCCGCCCGGAUGCGCCCUCUCUCACGCAGGCGCCAGGUGGCCCUGCGGCGCAAGUCCCCUGGACCCCAGGCCUGGAGCUCCCGGCUUAUGAAAGCCAUCGCCAAGUCGGGCCUCCAGCACCUGGCACUUCCUCCCCCUGCAACCGGCGCCCCGUGCCCUGAGCCAGCCCGGCAGAUCCGGAGCACCGUGGACUGGAGUGAAUCAGCCACGAAUGGGGAACACAUCUGGUUUGAGACCAACGUGUCGGGGGAAUUCUGCUAUGUCGGGGAGCAGUAUUGUGUAGCCAAGACACUGAAAUCAGUGUCCCGGAGGAAGUGUGCAGCCUGCAAGAUCGUGGUGCACACGCCCUGCAUUGAGCAGCUAGAGAAGAUCAAUUUCCGUUGUAAGCCAUCCUUCCGGGAGUCGGGCUCCAGGAAUGUCCGUGAGCCAACCUUUGUGCGGCACCACUGGGUCCACCGGCGGCGCCAAGAUGGCAAGUGUCGGCACUGUGGGAAGGGCUUCCAGCAGAAGUUCACCUUCCACAGCAAAGAGAUUGUGGCCAUCAGCUGCUCCUGGUGCAAGCAGGCCUACCACAGCAAAGUGUCCUGCUUCAUGCUGCAGCACAUUGAGGAGCCCUGUUCCCUGGGUGCACAUGCCGCGCUGGUGGUCCCCCCUACUUGGGUGCUCCGAGCCCGCCGGCCCCAGAACACACUCAAGGCCAGCAAGAAGAAGAAGCGGGCAUCCUUCAAGAGGAAGUCGAGCAAGAAGGGGCCGGAGGAGGGUCGCUGGAGACCCUUCAUCAUCCGGCCCACCCCAUCCCCCCUCAUGAAGCCCCUGCUGGUGUUUGUGAACCCCAAGAGUGGGGGCAACCAGGGCGCUAAGAUCAUCCAGUCCUUCCUCUGGUAUCUCAACCCCAGACAAGUCUUUGACCUUAGCCAAGGAGGCCCCAAGGAGGCGUUGGAGAUGUACCGCAAAGUGCAUAACCUGCGGAUCCUGGCGUGUGGGGGCGACGGCACGGUGGGCUGGAUCCUCUCCACACUGGACCAGCUACGCCUGAAGCCACCACCCCCUGUCGCAAUCCUGCCCCUGGGCACUGGCAACGACUUGGCCCGAACCCUCAACUGGGGAGGGGGCUACACAGAUGAGCCAGUAUCCAAGAUCCUGUCCCAUGUGGAGGAGGGGAACGUGGUGCGGCUAGACCGCUGGGACCUGCAGGCGGAGCCCAACCCCGAGGCCGGGCCAGAGGAGCGAGACGAGGGUGCCACCGACCGGCUGCCCCUGGACGUGUUCAACAACUACUUCAGCCUGGGCUUCGAUGCCCACGUCACCCUGGAGUUCCACGAGUCUCGAGAGGCCAACCCGGAGAAAUUCAACAGCCGCUUCCGCAACAAGAUGUUCUAUGCUGGCACCGCCUUCUCUGACUUCCUCAUGGGCAGCUCUAAGGACCUGGCCAAGCACAUCCGAGUGGUGUGUGAUGGGGUGGACCUAACCCCCAAGAUCCAGGACCUGAAGCCCCAGUGCAUCGUUUUCCUGAACAUCCCCAGGUACUGUGCAGGUACCAUGCCUUGGGGCCACCCUGGUGAACACCAGGACUUUGAACCCCAGCGGCACGACGACGGCUACCUCGAGGUCAUCGGCUUCACUAUGACGUCCCUGGCAGCACUGCAGGUGGGCGGACACGGGGAGAGGCUGACGCAGUGCCGGGAGGUGCUGCUCACCACAGGCAAGGCCAUCCCGGUGCAGGUGGACGGCGAGCCCUGCCGCCUGGCGGCCUCCCGCAUCCGCAUUGCCCUGCGGAACCAGGCCACCAUGGUGCAGAAGGCCAAGCGGCGCAGCACGGCACCCCUGCGCAGCGACCAGCAGCCGGUGCCGGAGCAGCUGCGGAUCCAGGUGAGCCGUGUGAGCAUGCAUGACUAUGAAGCACUGCACUAUGACAAGGAGCAGCUCAAGGAGGCCUCUGUGCCCCUGGGCACCGUGGUGGUCCCUGGAGACAGCGACCUGGAGCUCUGCCGCACCCACAUUGAGAGGCUCCAGCAGGAGCCCGAAGGAGCUGGAGCCAAGUCUCCCAUGUGCCAGAAGCUGUCCCCCAAGUGGUGCUUCCUGGAUGCCACCACCGCCAGCCGCUUCUACAGGAUCGAUCGGGCACAGGAACACCUGAACUAUGUGACAGAAAUUGCACAGGACGAGAUUUACAUCCUGGACCCUGAGCUGUUGGGCGCAUCCGCACAGACUGAUCUCCCCACCCCCACCUCCCCCCUCCCCACCUCCCCCUGCUCCCCAACACCCCGGUCAGGACCAGGUGGUGACACGCCCCCUAGAGGUGAGGAGCUGGUGGAGGCUGCCCAGAGGAACGACUUCUGCAAGCUCCAGGAGCUGCACCGUGCCGGUGGUGACCUCCUGCAUCGCGAUGCUCACGGCCGCACCCUCCUGCACCACGCGGUCAGCAACGGCUGCAAGGAGGUGGUCCGCUACCUGCUGGAUCAUGCCCCCACAGAGAUCCUUGAUGCUGUGGAGGAAAAUGGGGAGACCUGUCUGCACCAGGCUGCGGCCCUGGGCCAGCGCACCAUCUGCCACUACAUCGUAGAAGCUGGGGCCUCCCUCAUGAAGACAGACCAGCAGGGCGACACGCCCCGGCAGCGGGCAGAGAAGGCGCAGGACACGGAGCUGGCGGCCUACCUGGAGAAGCGGCAGCACUACCAGAUGGUUCAGCGUGAGGACCAGGAGACUGCAGUGUAGCCCGGGCCCCCUGGCCCGCCCGCCCGUCCACCUCAUGGCCACAUUCCAGCCGGACUGCCUGGGAGGACCCUGCCCCAGGAAGGAGCCCCGGCCUCACCUUGAGGAGCCACUCGGAUCUUGGGCUCCAUUCUG